UCACACCACAACCAUUCAACACUCUACCAACCUCUUCUAAUUUCUACAAUCACUCUCUUAACUCUUUGCUAAGCACUUCUUGUUAGGAAAAAUCAUUCCUUAAUCACUCUCGAAGCUUUCACACCAAUAUUACUUCCUUACUACAUCUCUUCAUUUUAAAGAUUUGUUAGUUACUUUUUUUUUUUGUUAUUGUACGAAAUAAUUUGUUUUCUUUCAGACAAUGUUCUUGUCACACAAAGAAUACAAUCGACUUGACUUGCAAUUUUUUCUAAACAACAAAUCCAGCAUCGAGAAAAGUUUCUAUUUUUGGAUUUUCCAAAUAUUAACAGUUAUAGCUUCGUGACUUCAAGAAAUAUCCAUUUCAAGAUUAUUUAACCUUUUUUUGUCUAGCAAGUCAUCGUAUUCUACUUUGUUGUUGCAAAUGGGAAGUUCAUGUUUACCUCCAGGGUUCCGGUUUCAUCCUACGGAUGAAGAACUCAUCGAAUAUUACUUGAAAAGAAAAGUCGAAGGUCUCGAGAUUGAGCUUGAAGUCAUUCCCGUCAUCGAUCUUUAUAGUUUCGAUCCUUGGGAGUUACCAGACAAGUCGUUUCUCCCAAACCGGGACAUGGAAUGGUACUUCUUCUGCUCAAGGGACAAAAAAUAUCCUAAUGGUUUUCGUACAAAUCGAGGAACAAAGGCUGGUUAUUGGAAAGCAACCGGAAAAGAUCGAAAAAUUACUUCUCGUUCAUCUUCUAUAAUUGGUUAUAGAAAAACUCUAGUUUUCUACAAAGGCCGUGCCCCGUUAGGCGAUAGAAGCAAUUGGAUCAUGCAUGAAUAUCGACUAUGCGAUGAUGAUACAUCACAAGGAUCACAAAAUUUAAAGGGAGCUUUUGUGUUAUGUCGUGUUGCUAUGAAGAAUGAGAUCAAAACUAAUACGAAAAUCCGAAAAAUUCCAAGCGAGCAAACAAUCGGAUCAGGAGAAAGCUCGGGUUUAUCAAGCCGAGUAACGUCUCCUAGUCGCGAUGAAACAAUGCCGUUUCACUCAUUUGCCAAUCCUGUAUCUACUGAAACUGAUUCUUCCAACAUUUGGAUUUCACCUGAAUUCAUCCUCGAUUCUUCAAAGGACUAUCCUCAAAUCCAAGAUGUCGCAUCUCAGUGCUUCCAACAAGACUUUGAUUUUCCGAUCAUCGGUAACCAAAACAUGGAGUUUCCAGCGAGUACAAGCUUAGAUCAGAACAUGGAUGAGUUUAUGCAAAACGGUUAUUGGACAAAUUAUGGAUACGAUCAAACCGGUUUAUUCGGUUACUCAGAUUUCUCCUAGACGGAAGUAUUUGGUCUCUCUUUACGACAAAAACACCUUUUAUCGUUUUAAGUAUUGGAAGACUUUUGGCAUUGGUCUAAAUAUAUGAAUGAGUUUCAUAAUUCUGUUUUUUUUUCUUUUACUUUUUAUGGGAUUAUUAUAUUUUAUAUGAAAAUGUUUACCGUUAGUUAUAUAUCUUAUAUAUAUGAAGCUGUAUUUUAUAUUCCAUAUGGAUUCUCUUAAAAGUCUCAAUAGGAUUAUG